UACGAGCCGUUUCCGAAAAAGUUGUACGGCAGGCCGUUGGAGGAGAUUGAUAAUUUCAUUUACGACGAGACGUUCUGCGUGGUGUCGAAGCGUUUUCGCAAGAACUACAUCCACCGCUUCACGGCGACCAGCUCGUUUUUUAUAUUUAGCCCCUUCAAUUCGAUACGAAAAGUCUGCAUUUACCUAAGCACAAACCAGUACUUCGAUUACCUGGUGAUGGCUACCAUUUUGCUCAACUGCGUCUUCCUAGCCAUGGCGGAAACAAUUGAAGAAGCAGAGUAUAUUUUUUUAGGAAUCUAUACCCUCGAAAUGAUUAUCAAAACGAUAGCGAAAGGUUUCAUCCUGAACAAGUACACGUACCUGCGCAACCCGUGGAACUGGCUCGACUUUGUCGUCAUCACCAGCGGCUACGCAACCAUUGGCGUGGAGGGGGCCAACUUAGCGGGGCUGCGUACGUUCAGGGUGCUGCGUGCCUUGAAAACCAUAUCCAUAUUGCCCGGUCUGAAGACCAUCAUCAACGCGCUACUACACUCCUUUAAGCAAUUGGCGGAAGUCAUGACACUCACCAUCUUUUGUUUGAUGGUUUUUGCACUGUUCGCCCUUCAAGUUUACAAGGGCGAGCUCAGAAACAAAUGCGUGCUCAAAAUGGACGACAAAAAUGCGUCCUACGAAACAUGGUUCAAUUGGACCAGGGAUCCAGACAACUGGCUCCUGCACAACACCAGCGAGGAGCCCCUGCUCUGUGGCAACGUCACGGGGUCCAGGCACUGUCCCGCCACCCACACCUGCCUGUGCGUGGGGGAAAACCCCAACCACGGCUACACCAGCUUCGACAACUUCCUGUGGUCGAUGCUGACCACCUUCCAGCUGAUCACGCUGGACUACUGGGAGAACGUGUAUAAUAUGGUUUUGGCAUCGUGUGGGCCAAUUAGUGUAACUUUUUUUACGGUGGUGGUGUUUUUCGGGUCAUUUUACCUUAUUAAUUUGAUGCUGGCCGUGGUGGCGCUGAGUUAUGAAGAGGAAGCGGAAAUUACCCAAGAGGAAAGAAAAAAAGAACUGGUGGAUCACAGAGAAGACUCCACCUUCAGUUUCGACCCAUCAGUGCUGAGCGUCAAGCGCCUAUCCAGGCAGAAGAUCAAGAAGAUCGAUGCUAGGAAAGGCGUACUCUUAUCAUCUUACACGCGGAAAAAAACACGUCGAAGAAAACGGAACCGGACUCAAACUAGUACCACCAAAUCCGGUUCCAUCGGUGGGGGGAGCAGUUGUUUGGACGGUAGUAGUGGGGGAAAGGGCGACAGUGGGGGAGAGUCGGGAAGCAAGACAUCCCCAAAGAAAAACGUUCGGUCGGUGACGCCCAGUAGAAGUCCCAGUCCGAGGCACAGUCAAAAUAGUGACUCGCCUAGGCCCCAACAUCUCUCAAUUCCGUAUCCGGUUCACAAACAUGUCCAUAUGGCAGAUCCAAAGUAUCCGGAUACGCUGCAUCCAAAUAAAAGUUUGGGAGGGCCCACUAGGAGCGGUCUUCAAAGUAGACAAGCAAGCAACAACAGUGGAGAAGGUAAACAAUCUUCUUUAGACGACUCAGGGGUUGUGGAUGACCACGAGGAAGCCGACGCUACAUCAGAAGAAGCUAACGUUCAUACAUCAUUAAGGAGACUGGAAAUCACACCGGUAACCGUAGCGGUAAAUCAAAAGGAAAUUAGGGUGAUCAAGUGCAACGGGAUCAGCGGAAGUAGCGGCAUCAACGCCAAGAACUCCGAUAAGAAAAAAUCGGAUAUGUACAAGCUCCAGCCCGACUACCUAUCUCACAUCGUCGUUAUAAAUUCAGAGAUUCCAGAUAGAAAUUGUUCUUGUUGUGAAAGAUGCUGUAUGGACUACGACGGUUGGCUACAAUUUCAACAAGGCUUGUACCAAAUAGUCAAAGACCCAUUGUUCGAGUUAGCCAUCACUGUAUGCAUUGUACUGAAUACAAUGUUCUUGGCCAUGGAACAUCAUGGGAUGAGCGAGUCAGUGUUGAGAGCCUUAGACAUCGGAAAUAAGGUUUUUACAUCGAUUUUCACAUUCGAAUGCUGCUUGAAGAUUAUGGCUUUGAACAAAGACUUUUUUCACUGCGGUUGGAACAUUUUCGACUUGAUCAUUGUUUCAGCUAGUCUGUUAGAUCUUAUUUUUGAACUGGUUGAUGGACUCUCGGUUCUGAGAGGUCUACGACUCUUGCGGGUUUUAAAAUUAGCCCAAAGCUGGAUAACGAUGAAGGUACUGCUCAGCAUCAUCAUCAGUACCAUCGGAGCUCUGGGAAACUUGACGUUCGUUUUGGUGAUAGUGAUUUAUAUUUUCGCCGUCAUCGGUAUGCAGUUGUUUUCAAAAGAUUAUACAGAGGAGAAGUUUUUUCCGGAUCCAGUGCCCAGAUGGAAUUUUACGGAUUUUUUUCAUUCUUUCAUGAUGAUUUUUCGAAUUCUGUGCGGAGAAUGGAUCGAGCCUCUGUGGGACUGCAUGAGAGCCGAAACUAAAGACGGACCCGGUAUAUGCUUGGCUAUUUUUUUACCCACAUUGGUUAUGGGCAACUUUAUGGUGCUCAACUUGUUCUUGGCUCUGUUGCUCAACAGUUUCAACUCUGAAGAAUUGAAGCAUCGCAAGGAGGAAGUGGGAGACGAGUCCAAACUGGCCCAGAGCUUCCAGCGCAUACGAGACCUGGUGCGGAAGCGCCGUCUGGCGGAAGAGAGCCCGAACGACACGCGGCUGGAGCGGAUUGUGAGGGAGGUGAUGGCCAGGCACGCGGAGGAGGAGGCUAUGAAAGCCGCGGAGUACAAAAAAUCCCAACAAUUCCCUAGAGAUAAGAGAAGCUAUCAAGAAGCAAUGAAUCGACCAAUAUCAAUUAUAAGUUACGAUUUACCAGAUUAUCAGGACUUUAUAUUAGAGACUGACAAAGACCAAUCUUACAACCAGCAUUACGCUAUAGUAUUAAACCCUACGAGACAAGAUGAGGCACCUUCAAAUUGUAGAAGCGAAGGAAAGCAUAUUAGAAAUAUGUCGUCGGGUGUCGAUACAACUAAUAGCAGUAGAGAGACGGAAAAUACACUAUUAGACAACAAAAGCGACAAACAGUUCACUUCGACCGAAUCCGAACCCAAAGAAGAGAAAAAAGAGGAGCAAAUUACGACGAAGAGUGAGGAUAACGCCAAAAAGAGUGGUAAAGAUGGCCAACCCUGGCAAACGCUGGUGUCUUACGUGGACGAGAUCACUGUGGGCGGCCGAAAAAACUCCAAGGGACAGUUUAUUGACGUGGCGAAAAAUUUUCCAGGUUUCGGAAAAAGCAAAGCUGCCAAAGUGCCACCGAAUUGUUUUCCCAAACAAAUUUACGAAAAAUGCCCCUGCUUGGAAGAAUGUAUCAAAUCCAAAAUAGGAGUUAAAUGGACGGAGUUCCGCAGCUCUGUACUAGGAGUAGUGGACACCGCGGCAUUCGAAUGGUUUAUAUUAGUGCUUAUUUUUGCCUCGAGCGUCACACUAUGCUUCGAAGACAUCUACCUGGACGAGAAUCCUUACCUCAAAACGUUGCUCUACUGGACCAAUUUGGCCUUUUGUAUCAUAUUCGUUAUAGAGAUGUUUUUCAAAUGGGUGGCUUUGGGUUUCUAUAAAUAUUUCACCAGCUUUUGGACGCUUCUAGAUUUUCUAAUUGUUUUUGUGUCCUUAUUUAGUUUACUUAUUGAAGAAAACGAAAAUCUAAAAGUACUUCGUUCGCUUCGAACUCUCAGGGCUCUGCGACCUCUGAGAGCUAUCAGCAGAUGGCAGGGCAUGCGCAUAGUUGUCAACGCUCUGAUGUACGCCAUUCCCAGCAUUUUUAACGUCUUAUUAGUUUGUCUAGUGUUUUGGUUAAUAUUCUCCAUUAUGGGUGUGCAGUUUUUUAGCGGAAAAUUUUACAAAUGCGUGGACGAAGAGGGUGAAAGAUUAGAUGUCGAAAUUGUCGAUACAAAAUGGGACUGUGAUAGACUUAACUAUACUUGGAUGAACUCAAAGAUAUCGUUUGAUCAUGUCGGAGUGGCUUAUCUGGCUUUAUUUCAAGUGGCUACUUUUGAGGGUUGGAUGGAAGUGAUGGCAGAUGCAGUAGAUGCCAGAGGAGUCAACAUGCAGCCGAAAAGAGAAGCGAACUUAUACGCUUACAUAUAUUUUGUUAUUUUUAUAGUGUGCGGUUCAUUCUUUACUCUGAACCUUUUCAUUGGAGUGAUAAUAGACAAUUUUAACAUGUUAAAGAAGAAGUACGAAGGAGGUGUGCUGGAAAUGUUCUUGACAGAAAGCCAGAAGCACUACUACACUGCGAUGAAGAAACUAGGAAGGAAAAAACCCCAAAAAGUGAUAAAGCGACCGAUGAACGCUUUUUUAGCCAUGUUCUACGACCUCUCCAAUUCCAGACGUUUCGAAAUCGCCAUAUUCGUUCUCAUCUUCCUCAACAUGCUGACGAUGGGCAUCGAACACUACGGUCAGCCGCACCCUAUUUUCUUCAUUCUGGAAGUUAGCAACGCUUUUUUUACUACAGUAUUUGGCUUGGAGGCCAUAGUAAAAAUGAUAGGAUUAAGAUACCACUACUUUACAGUGCCGUGGAACGUCUUCGAUUUUUUAUUGGUCUUAGCCUCCAUCCUGGGUAUUUUAAUGGAAGACAUCAUGAUCGACUUUCCAGUCUCUCCCACGUUGCUCAGAGUCGUCAGAGUGUUCAGGAUAGGAAGGAUAUUAAGACUUAUUAAGGCCGCUAAAGGUAUACGAAAGCUGUUAUUCGCUCUGGUUGUUUCACUGCCGGCCUUAUUUAACAUCGGAGCUUUAUUAUCACUUAUCACCUUUAUCUACGCCAUUAUUGGUAUGUUUAUAUUUGGCCACGUUCGACAACAAGGCGCAUUGGACGACAUGGUCAACUUCGAAACCUUCGGCCGUUCCAUGCAUCUGCUCUUCCGCCUGAUCACCUCGGCCGGCUGGAACGACGUGCUCGAAUCCCUGAUGGUGGAGUACCCCGACUGCGAUCCCCACUACAAGAACCAGACCAACGGCAACUGCGGCUACCCCCUUCUCGCCAUCAUCUACUUCACCAGCUUCAUCAUCAUCAACUACAUGAUCGUCAUCAACAUGUACAUCGCCAUCAUCUUGGAGAACUUCAAUCAGGCGCACCAGGAGGAGGAGAUCGGAAUCGUGGAGGACGACUUGGAGAUGUUUUAUAUCCGUUGGAGCAAAUACGAUCCUCAUGCUACCCAGUUUAUACGAUUCUGCCAGCUGUCCGAUUUUAUAGCUUCUUUGGAUCCCCCUCUGGGUAUACCGAAGCCAAACACCGUAGCUUUGGUUAGUUUUAAUCUCCCCAUAGCUAAAGGAAACAAGAUCCACUGCUUGGAUAUUCUCCACUCGCUGGUCAAACAUGUUUUAGGUCAUGUGGAAGAAACUGAUAAUUUUAGACAACUUCAAGAACAAAUGGACAUUAAGUUUAAAAAGCAGUUCCCUACGAGAAAAGAACUAGAAAUCGUAUCAUCGACAAGAAUAUGGAAAAGGCAGGACAAAGCCGCCAGACUAAUACAAAAAACUUGGAAAGAUUAUCUAAGACGAAAGAAGGAGAAAGAACGCGAAGCGGAAGAGGUGGACGAAACGACCCAGACUUCCUCGCCGGGCGGCGACUGGCGCAGCCGCCUCUCCACCUUCCUCCACGUGCACCGGGGUUCUCGCGCCUCAUCUCGCAAGUCCUCCCGGGCGUCGGACGCUAGCGACCUCAGCGAGCUGGGCGGGCCCUGGCUCAACCUGCCGCUGCUCCUGCUCUCGGGCGCCGCCAACGUAACGCCCGAGGACCUGGACGUGAGGCGCGACGACUCCGACGCGGUCAGCAUCAAGAUUAGCCAGGCCACGCCCGACGAGGCGCUAGCCACGCCCUCCAAGGCUCUAACGCCUGGAGGCGGAGGGCCGAGGAGGCGGAGCCUCUACAACUUCUUCCUCCGGCACCAGGACGCGGUCGAGAGGCCGGAGCCGGCCAGCGCGGCCACGUCCCCAGUCACGCCCAGGAAGGAGUUUAAGGGGACGGAUAUUUUACAUGCGGAAACGGUCAGCGAACCACAGUAUGAUAAGGAUCAUAAAAUAGGCCCGCAGACGCUCCAUCCGCUGAUGGCCGAGGACCCGCCCUCCAGGCGUGGCAGCCUGAUCCGGCGCAAGCGCGUCGGGUCGGUCAAGGCGCGUCCCACGUCGGUGACGUCAGUGACGGGCUGCCAUCGCUCUCAAUCGGAGAAGUGCACGCACAGCGCCGAUGUCAGCAUUCUGGUGACGGAGGCUUCGCCCGAGGGAUCUAGUAUAAGGCCUGCCCCCCUCCACAGACAGGCUAGCGAGUCGACGGUGGUACAGGUGUUGGUGCAUCGGGAAAGUGAGGAGUACAAUCAGGACGACGAGCCGCCGGAGAAGGUGAAGUUAUUGGAGGAAAGAUGCGAGGAACGCAGUGAGGUGGAUAGGAGAGGGAGUAGUACUGCGGGGGACGUUACAGUGGAAAUAAGUAAUGAGAACGAACUUAGCUGAUCUUAACUGGAUCGGGUAGAUUAGUUCAGGAAUUGGUGAGGAGAGAGAGUCCUCCACGAAAGAGGACAAUUUCUUAUAAUUUUACUUCAUAUACCGUGCUGGCAACUGUUACUU